GGAAGAGGUGGCGGUCGGGGGAGCCGUGGAGCUCCCUGCGAGCCGGCGGAGUUACCGCUGCCCGUGUUACUAUGCGUGUGUCUUGUGUUACAGCCAUGCUGCACAUCGACGGCCAGAGCGAGGGGCGCGGGGAGGAAAAGGCUGUUUACACAGACUGCAAACCGCCCGGGGAAUAGUGCGGGAGAGGAAGUGAGCCGGGCCGCUGUCUGACUGCCCCGGCUUCCUGCUCGCUCCCUCACACGGGCAGGCGCUCACACACACACACACACACACACACACACGCACCGGCCCAAGGGACAAAAAAAAGAGAGAGAGAAAAAAGGGGAAAAAAAUCAGGAUCUCAUUACUAGAACAACAGAGCGUCUGCAGAAGACUGUCAGCAUGGAGAACCGGGGGAUUUUACCCAGCUCCCUCUAAACUACCAGGAGAGAGCGGAAAAGUCCCUCAGCCGCUGGGUAUGGAGAGUGCAAUCACACUGUGGCAGUUCCUUUUGCAGUUGCUGCUAGACCAGAAACAUGAGCACCUGAUUUGCUGGACGUCUAAUGAUGGCGAAUUCAAGCUACUCAAGGCAGAAGAAGUGGCUAAGCUGUGGGGACUCAGAAAAAACAAAACUAAUAUGAAUUAUGACAAGCUGAGCCGAGCGCUCAGAUACUAUUAUGACAAGAACAUCAUCAAGAAAGUGAUCGGACAAAAAUUUGUAUACAAGUUUGUCUCCUUUCCUGAGAUUUUAAAAAUGGAUCCACAUGCUGUGGAAAUCAGCAGAGAGAGCCUUUUGCUGCAGGACAGCGACUGUAAUAUGCCUUCUGAGAGCAGGGAUCAGCACAAGCACAGCUUGUCAGCACUGAAAAGCACAAGCCGUAAUGAAUAUAUCCACUCUGGCCUGUACUCCUCUUUCACUAUCAACUCUCUGCAGAACCAGCCAGACCCUUACAAGCCAAUCAAAACAGAAAAACUGGAGGAGAAGUCAGAAGGAAACAUACCAGUCGAAGAAGUUCGGACUGUUAUCAGAUUUGUGACAAACAAAACAGACAAACAAGUUACAAGGCCUGUGGUGUCAUUGCCUUCUACUUCUGAAACAGCAGCUGCCUCUGCUUUCCUCAGCUCUUCAGUAUCAGCUAAAAUAUCUUCCUUAAUGCUACCCAACAGUGCCAGCAUUUCAUCUCCAUCAUCAUCUUCCUCCAGAUCGCCUUCUCUGUCUCCCACCUCACCCCUCCCUACAGAACACAGGAGCUUCUUCCUUGAGUCCAGUUGCCACGACUCAGAUUCCCUUGAGCCUCUGAACCUCUCCUCAGGCUCCAAGGCAAAAUCUUCAUCUCUUCCCCCAAAGGCUAAAAAACCCAAAGGCUUGGAAAUUUCUGCCCCACCUAUGGUUCUCUCCAGCACCGACAUCGGUUCCAUCGCCCUCAACAGCCCUGCGCUUCCUUCGGGAUCCCUGACUCCAGCUUUCUUCACUGCACAGACCCCCAAUGGAUUAUUGCUGACCCCCAGCCCGCUGCUGUCUAGCAUUCAUUUCUGGAGCAGCCUCAGUCCUGUUGCUCCUCUGAGUCCUGCCAGGCUGCAGGGACCAAACACUCUCUUCCAGUUUCCAACUCUGCUAAAUGGUCACAUACCAGUGCCACUCCCCAGUCUGGACAGAGCCUCUUCACCAGUACUGCUUUCUCCAAACGCUCAGAAAUCCUGAUGAUGCCUCAUCGCGCCAAGGAUGUACUGGUGGAUUUAACACUUCAUUCCUAUGGGCUAGUUUUUCCUGUGUUAUGAGAAGGACAUUGUGAAACCCUUUAUUACUUCGGUUUGCACUUUUCAUUACAUGGAUAAUCUACUUUUAUUAUGUUAGCAUUUUUCAACAGUGUUUAUAUAUAAAAGUAUAUAUAAAUCUGUUAUGCAUUAAAUGAAUUAUAAUUUUUUUAUAUCAUAGCUCUCAAGUGUUGAACACUUCUGUUGUUGAAGUACUUUUCUUAAUGUUUUGCAACAAUGUAUCUAAUAGGGAUGUGAAGCUUCUUUUUAAUCCCUUUUCCUGCAUAUUAUGCAUUGUGCUUGUGUAAACUAUAACCGGCUGUGCCUUCUUUUGCAUAAAGUCAUGUAAAUGAUUUAUAUAUUUUCUAGUAUUAAGAUAAAAAGUUGAAAGAAAAAAACUAGUAUUGAACAGCCCUAUGAUAGUAUUUCAGUAUUUUCUCCAUGGAUAGGCCAUAUGAUGCAGUGUAUUAAUGUAACUUUGUAUUAAGUGCUUUCAAAUUGUAUAAAAAUAGCCUUAUAAUUUUUGUUUGCUGAAGAAAUGAAAAACGUAAUCCAUGUUACAGUCAGGAGAUGUAGUUAGGAGUAACAAACCACAUUUAUGCCCAGGUUUUUCUGGCAAGUUGCAACAGGAAAGAACUGGGCUGUGUACGUUCGAGACAUUUCCAGCAUUUGAGAAUACUUCUGUAGAAAAGGAGACAUUGCUCAAAAUUUAUUUGGCCUGUACUUCUUAUGAACUGUCAACAGUACAGCUGGAAAGACUGCAGGUAACCUCUGUCCUCCUAGGGAAUGAGGAUCAUUCCUGAUAAGAGAAUUUCCAGGUGCUUUGUUCAGCCAUGCCAAGUGCCUUCUACUACUUACCUGGAAAGAUUAUUGUAGCUACUCAAGCUCAGAAGGUCACAUUUCCCCUUCCCCCAAAGCUGGAAAAGUUACAGGUCUGUCAAUUAAUGCCUGGUGCUUGCAAAGAGGCAGAGACUGUACAUGUGGGAUGUUUAUGUAUAAACAGCUGAAUUCUGGAUGAAAAAACAGCACUGUGUUACUAUAUAUUUGUAACUUGAACUUUCUGGGUAUGUUCUCUGCCUUGAGGUGAUGUCUUAGUCAUCUAAAUGUCAGGUUAGGAUUAGGCCAGACUCCCUGGCACCACAGAUUCUAAUCUUGGCAGGGCUGAUGCAAAUCUUCAUUUUUCUGAGGUGGCUAAAUUGGGUUGAAUGCAGCUUUACCUUGUAGGUUUUUCAGAUGAGACCUUCAAAAACCAAACCAAAAUCAGAAUCCUGUUUGCGACAGGUCAUUAGAGCCUCUACUUUGCUUUCUGGCCAAAAGACCGUUCUUUUUGAAAUGUAUGCAGUGAGUUGUCUGCUGAUUUUCUGCUUGGAUGCAUUUCAGUGAUGAUGUGUGUAGUUAAUUGUAAAGUGCUUUUGGAUCCUUCAACCUGAAAGGUGCUAAAUAAACAUUUUAUUAAUGCA